UAAUUUUAUUGAUUUUUUAGGAACUUCCGCACCUCAAAAGGAAAAAAUGGAACCCUUACAUAAUCACUUGUUGUCUUGUCAUUUUAUAUGUAAAUUUAUAUGGGAGGUGUCAUCGAUCCUCAUUUCCCAGACAACUCUACGCCGUUUUUUCUCGAUCAUAUGGUAUUACAAGUAUAGGGAAAAAUCUUAAAAACAAAAUAUGGAUCAUUAUACGGGACACUCGGUGGGCAAGUCCAACUCGCACUUGUCCGUUUUUUAUUAUUUUCAUGAUAAUAUAUUUAUUAUAAUUUCUGUAUUAAAGAUAAAGAUUAUAUAGAAAAAAGUACCUAUAGGUACUUAGUCUUUAGUAAUUUAAAUUAACCAUGAUAAUAAAAGAAAAUCAUGAAAUAUUCCAUUAACAUAGUAACAAACAAAAACACAACAACUAUAUUUAGCUCUUUCUAUUUAUUGCAACCCGCAUCAGAUUUAUUUUAAAUUCUUCUCCUAAACGAUUUAAAACAAAACAAUAAAAUAGAUAUUACUCCAAGAUUUUAACAAAAAAAACAAUUUUUUAAAAUAAUUCUAAAAUAGUAUAAAUAAUACCAUCGUCCAACACUAUCUAUUCCCAAACAGAGACGAAAUAGAAAGAGUCGAUUAUAAAAACGUCGCGGGAGACUGAAAGAUCUGAAAAUAAAACAGCAUCUAAAUGUCUCCGGAUUGUGUAAGUUCAGUUUCACGCAAACUUUUAUGCUGUUUACAACAGAUAACUCCAUAUUAGAAAAGUGUAAUUUCAUCCUCCUUGUUCGCAGCUCAUUACAACAACAAUAUCAGGCAAUUGGAGCGGCACGCGGGUGGACUGCAGGACUAGCGGGGGGGAGUUUGCGAGGGGGGUGGACAAAAUGAAGAGGCCAGUGAGGAACAAGAGAUACAGCAGAAGAACGUAUGGAGAGGAAAGACGGCCUCCCAAAAGACUUUUCACUCCAGAAAUUAAACGGUUUCUAAAAGACUGGCUGGUAAGGAGAAGAGAUAAUCCUUAUCCUAAUAGAGAUGAGAAGAAAUUAUUGGCUGUGCAGACUGGACUAACAUAUAUCCAGGUGUGUAAUUGGUUUGCGAAUUGGAGAAGAAAACUGAAAAACGCCGGAAAGCAUCCACAGAAAAAGACAUGGGGCGACCUAAUCAAAACGUAUAACAGUCAAGUGCAAGGAAACGUGGAGCAUUUCAGUAUUUGUUCGGAAGACAGCAUCUGGGAAGAGCCCGAGGAAAGUUAUGACGAAGCUCAAUUUCAACAAUUCGAAGAGAAAUAUGCUCAAAGUCAAUUGAAUCAAAACUGUGGUCCAUUUUUUAACAAUAACAAUAGUGAAAUUCAAAAUCAAUGUUACUACGUCAGUUCGACAACCGAAUUAGAACAGGACAAUCCUUUUUCUCAAUCAACCAACAAAUUUAAACACCACAUCAUGGAGAAAUACGUGAAAGAUUGUCAGAGCCUCGCGUACUCAAACAACGAACUAGCGGAGGAUAAACCUUCCAUGAUUGCCAAAUGGCUGCAAAGCGCUGAACGUUUCAGACCAAACGAGAACAGUUUCAUAGACUGGAGCAUACCUAAAUCACAAAAAAGGAAAUCUUGUAAAGCUGACAACGAUAUGUUGUUGGUGCACGGUAAAGAAGAAUUAGACGCUGCAGAAGCUUUGACGUCCCUAGCAAAUUCGAAUAGACAAAGUUGAGCAACUAUAGUCCGAUUCACAAAAGAAAUCGAUUGAUUCAUCUGGAAACAACAUAUAUACCGACAAACAAUAUUUAAAUAUCUUACAUUAAAGAUAACUUAAACCUAAUAUAUUGUCUUAAAACUGGCAAUACUCAGUCUCUAGAUCAAACAAAGAUAGACCUUCAUAUAUUGUAUAACAGAUCCAAAAGCAAGAGGAAUUCGAGCAAACAAAUCGAUGUUGUCACGUUUAAUAAUAGAAAAGCAAAAUUGCUGGAUAUUUCCUAUAAAUUUAAUGUUAAGUAUCUUAACGUAGUUCUCAUUGUAAAAUGUCUGUUUAUCUAAUUAACUGAUUUCCUUCAUUCUACCUAUUAUAAAAGUUAUAUAAGUAUUUCCUAAAGAUAACAUCCGCUUAGGGUAAGCUGGCAACGCUGACAAAAUUCAUCAUGGCAUCCCAGAUUCAACCAACCUGAUUGGUCGAGAUGUUCGCAUGUUUUGGCGCCAUGACCCAGAAUUUUAUGCCCCUCCCUAGAAAUAGUCACUACUAUUGAAAAAUCCAGUGGCGGUGUUAUUGUAUUGUUUUAUGCCUUUAACUUGAUUUGUGUAUUUGUUAUUUUUGUAUUUGUUAUUUUUGUAUUUGUUAUUGUAAUAAGUACACGCGUUUUAACAAAUAUUACUAUAUUUGGCAAAUCAAUUAUGAAGUAUUCUGGAAAGUAUUAUAAAAAUUCCUGACAUAUUUUCAUAAAACACCGCUCCUGGAUAUUUUACGAAUGAAAUUGUUCAUUAUUUUAGAAAAUUGCUAUCCCCUUACCGUUGCCCCUGGAGUAUUUAUAAACGUUUGUAAACGUUUAUAAACAAUUUUCUAAUUUAGUAGAUUGUUCUUCUUUUGCGAAUCGGAGUAUAAAAAUGUGUGAGCAUCAUGCAUUUCUAUAAUGUAGCUAUAUUUUCAAUAUUCUUUGACUCUAGUCUCAACAAGUUGAUAUUCAUUUAUUUGCUCAAAUAUUUUAAUAAUUAAUGUUAUUUGUAUGCACCUCAUCUAUUUUAAGCAUAAAAUCACUUUUAAAUCAUAACAUGUCAUAUUAUGAUACUCCCAUCUUUUUUAGUUUGGUUAAGUAGUUUUGUAUAAUGGUUACACUGUUCAUAGAAUAAAAUGUUCCUAGGUAACAACUUUGUGUAUUGAAACAAAUUUGUUUUUUUGAAAUAUUGAUUAUUUAAUAAUUUUCCUUGGUAUGUUUUGUACAAUUUUUUGUACUACUUUGCAUAAAAUACAUUUCAAUAGUCCUUGACGAAAAUAACAUACAUUACUGGUGAAGUUUUUAUUUGGAUUAUUUAAUUUUAUUAUUUACCCCAUUCUAUGCUGACAGUUAUCUGACAUUGUCUGUCAUUGAAUUCAUCAGUAAACUGUUAUUUCUCUCAAGUUUUUAUGUCAGUUGUCAAAAUCGUCUUUUCUACUUCUUAACAGAUCAAAGCUGUAGAAAAUUUCCUACAUUUUUCCAUUUCAAGGUAAGGACUAAAAUUAAAACUAUAUUAGAAUAAUUCAUUUAGUUUACAAUAAUAAUUAUAAUACAAAUACGUAUAAAAAUGUGUUUAUUAUAUUAUGGUAGGUAAUGAACCUAUUAUUUUUAAUAAUUUAGGAUACAUCUUAAUAAAAUAUUUCUAAAUUAAUUGAAUUUUGUAAAUUCUGUGAUUUCAAAUAAAUAAAUUUUUGAACUGUU